AUGCUCAGGAAGUCCAGAUCACCAACCAGGGCGGCAGCUGAAGAUGGUUGCCUGACCAAGAUCACAUUCAUGGAUCCUAAAUUGUACGUGGCUGCAGCAGAUGGUCACAUCCAUGUACUUGAGCAAUAUGAUGAAAUUCAUGUCCAACUAACCCCAAAAAAGAACACAGUUCUUCAUGUUGCAGCCCAAUUCGGUCAAGCGGACUGCGUUCAGUGGAUCCUUCAGUUGCCUUCUCCUUCAUCACUAUUGCAACAACCCAAUGAGAAAGGUGACACUCCACUUCACCUUGCAGCCAGAGAAGGGCAUUUGACGGUGGUGAAAAAUCUGAUCAACGCUGCCAAACAACUUCAAGAAGGAGACUCGGAGAGAGGGGUUACAGCAAUUUGUAAGGUGAUUCUGAGGAUGACAAAUGAGGACCAAGACACAGCCUUGCACGAGGCAGUGAGAUAUCAUCACCCCGAGGUGGUGAAGUUAUUGAUUCAGGAAGACCCCGACUUCACCUAUGGUGCUAAUACCGCAGGCAACACUCCUCUUUACAUCGCUGCUGAGUGUGGAUUCGGAGACUUGGUGCAGAUGAUCCUAGACAAUUGCGCUUCACCAGCUCAUAGUGGCAUCAAAGGUCGGACGGCUUUGCACGCUUCGGUGAUUCUCAAUCACCAAGCAAUGACAAAGAAGAUACUGGAAUGGAAGCCGGCUUUAACUAACGAAUUAGAUGAAAAAGGGUGGUCUCCCCUUCACUUUGCUGCAUAUGUGGGUUGUCAUCCAACAAUAGUGAAGCAAUUGCUAGAGAAGUCUGAAAGGUAUGUUGUCUAUCUAGGCGUCAAAGACCAUGGAAACAGGACAGCUCUUCAUAUUGCAGCGAGUCGCGGCCAUGUGGACGUAGUGAAGGUGCUGGUCUCACACUUUCCAGAUUGUUGCGAGAAAGUUGAUGAUGAGGGCAAUAAUGUUCUUCACUUGAUUAUGCCAGAAAUAAAAAUAUUUGUAACUUCGGGUUUGUCAAACAUUCGCUGGUUAAGGGUGAGAGGACUCAUGAAUGAGAAGAAUGUUGAAGGAAAGACACCCCUCCAUCUGUUUCACACUUCUCCCUUGUCUAAGGAUGACAACAAUAUCAUACCUCCAGAAACGAUCUUCACGUGGAUAUUGGACACCUUAGUAAGAUUAGGGAUUCGGGAGCGAAGCUCCAGAGUUAGAAUGAGACCCUUAGGUUCGCCAGAGAUCAAGGAAGACAGUGGAAGCAGCGAAAGGAAAGAAAGUUUCACACUACCUGGUGGUUACAUUCAGAACGAGAGCAAUAACCAGGGCAUGGCAGUCUUGUCGCUCCCUACCAAUGGAACCAAGGGCAAGACCGAGACAUGGCAAUUGCAGUAA